CAGGUUCUGAAUAAUGUGGCUUUACUGGCAUACCACAGAGGAACACUGAAAGAGAUUACCCAGCAUCAGUGUUUGGGUUGGUAGCCAUACGCUAAACAAUAAACACUCCUUGUAGAUUGCUUGGACUUGCCGUUCUUGUUCCUCCCAGCAGAGAUUUCAUUGCACAGGUUCCUGCUCCUCACCUGUGUGUGUUGUACAUGGUAACCCUAGUGAUACACCUUCUGCUUGUGCCUCGCACUACUGCUCACUCACAGCCACUAAUCUGUCUGAUCACCUGCUGGGAAUGCCACCUUCCUCAGUGAGAUUCCAAAACCGACCUUCUCUGGAAUUCAUUGAAUCUGUUCCUGAACAAUGUCUGCAGAUUCAUUAUUCUUGACCUCAACCCCCCAGGUUGGGGAAAAUUUAAAGAAUUUAGUUCCGGCAGAGAAUAACAAUUUGCCAAGAACAGUGUCAUCGGGAACCAACAGUAUUACAUCCAUCAACCUAAAUUGUAAAGAGCUGAGUGAAAUCCCCCCUGACGUAUUCAGAUGUGCUAAUCUGCAGAGUCUGCUUCUCAGCAACAACUUUAUUACGCAUCUGCCAUUAAAUCUAUGUAAUCUUUCUAAAAUGGAAAUCUUGUCUCUGGAAGGGAAUGGCCUGGUUUCCUUACCCCCAGAAAUCUGCAGCCUUUCCCAGCUGAGAGCUUUGAAUGUCAAUAAUAAUCAAAUAUCAGCUUUGCCACACGAGAUUUCAGGUUUAAAGAACAUCAGGCAACUCUUUGCUAACAACAAUAAGCUGAGCCAGCUGCCUCCAUGCAUUGGAGACCUCACAACCCUACAGGUCUUGUGUAUAAGCUGGAACUCAAUUAAAACUCUUCCAGACUCAACAGCCUCUCUUAAGAAUUUGCAUGUGCUAAACCUGGACGGUAAUCAGAUUUCUGCACUGCCAAAAGCUAUUUUUAGGCUUUCUCAGCUUGUUAAGCUCUGCCUGUCUGGAAACCAGAUCAAAAGUCUACCGAAAGAAAUUGGGGAUCUCAAGAACUUGAGAGAACUUUCUCUGAGUAACAACCAGCUCACCUUUCUACCAGUCCAGCUCUACAAUCUCAUCAGCCUGGAGGAGCUCACCCUGGAUGACAACAGACUGACAGUGAUAUCAGAUAAGCUCCAAAAUCUUAAACAGCUGAAGGUUCUUUCUGUUGCCAAUAACUUGUUUACAGAUAUCACAGAAAAGGUGUGUUGGUGUCCUGCCAUUGAGUGCUUGAAACUGAACGGCAACCAGAUGAGUAGACUUCCUACAAAGAUUCAUCUUCUUAGGAAUUUAAAAGAGCUGCAUAUUGAAAGAAAUGCCCUGGAAAUGUUACCAGACCAGCUGGCGCAUCUAAACAACCUCACUAUCAUUGUAUGUGCCAACAAUAAUCUGCUCCAUAUUCCAAUUGAACUGAAGAACUGCAGCCAGAUAACCAAACUAGACCUUAGUGGCAAUAAACUGUCAGAAAUGCCUCAAGCUUUGUCCUCCAUGGCUUCUCUUAUGUAUUUAAAUCUGAACCAGAACAAAAUUCUUGAAGUCUCUGAAAGUAUCGUUCACAAUAAGAAACUAGAACAUUUGGAACUAAGUGGAAAUCAAUUAAUCGAGUUCUCGGUGCAUCUUUGUGGCCUGCACAACCUGGCCUACUUAGAUCUCAGUAGGAACGAAAUAAGCUCAGUUCCUUCAGUCAUAUCCAACAUGGAAUCCCUCAAUGAACUUCUCCUGCAUUCCAAUAAGUUUCAAAGUUUUCCCCUUGAACUGUGCUCCUUAAAAUCUCUGCAGAAAAUUGACCUGUCGGGAAAUCAGAUAGAGACCGUACCAUCAGGAAUCAGUCAUUUAGAAGGUCUUCGAUUUUUAAAUCUUUCCAACAAUAAUUUUAAGAUAUUCCCCAGGGAACUAUUUAGCAUUUCAUUGCUGGAAACUCUGAAGAUUAGCCAGAAGGAUGGCAGAAAGUUAACAAGUCUUCCAGAAGACCUAUCGAAACUGGAGAACCUCAAGGAACUUGACGUUUCAGACAAUCAUUUAAAAACCCUCCCAGGCAGCAUUGGAGAAAUGAAGAACUUGGUUCAGCUCACAGCAACUAGCAAUCAAUUGUACUGUCUUCCUACAACAAUAUCAUCCAUGAGUGCCCUUCAGCAGCUCAGCCCGAAAGGAAACCUGCUCAGGUCUUUACCAAGUGACAUCUCUUGUCUACAGAAUCUGAGAGAAAUAAACCUGGAUAGUAAUCCAAUGCUCCGUCCCCCUUCCCUUCUGUGUGAUGGAAAGCGGCUCUAUCCGAUUGGAUGUUAUUUACAAAGUGCUGAUCUCCGAGACGAGAAAAUUUUGCAGAAAAUAUUCAAGCUGGUCUCUUGUAAUAUCCCUGCAGAGGACUUCAGUUUUUUCUGCAAGAAACUGAGAAUCAAAGAUGAAGACGUGAAAGGGGUUGUGAAAAAUAAGUCACUACAGCUCCCAGACAAAAUCCUGCAGGUGCUGAAUAUGUGGAGAAUCGAGCGGCAUCCCAACACCGCGCCGACAGAUAUAGCGGAGCAGCUGAUACGAGUGCUACUCAUGUGUGACUUACACGGCGCUGCUCUAAAAGCCAAAGUUUUCACAAUCAACGCAAAAGCAAUUAAGUUCUAAGCAAUCCAUAUCAUCAGCAUUCGGCUGUUCAUUUGGAAUGUUGGUGGCUGUGACUCACGUUCUGUACAUUUGCCUUUGUCUUAAUGGGUUUUCUUAUGAACUAAAGGAUUAAACAAGAUCCAGCCAA